AUGCUGGAAACACUUAAGAUUUGCAUGCAGGGAGAUCCUUGGUGUGGCUCACGCAUUUUUUCCCAUUUUCAAAGAAUGGAAGGGCAAUCGCUUGAGCAUGGACUGGCACAGAAGCUGAUGAUUAUGGAGAACGCUGCGGCUAAAGUGGCAACUUUGCGAGCACAGCUCAGAACAAAUGUUGAUCAGGCGCGUAAAGAGGUGAGAGCAGUAAUGUCACAGCAAAUGAUGCUUCUUCGUGCGCGCGAGCAAGAGUUGUUGGAUGAGUUGGAUGUUAUAAUGAAUCACAAGGAAAGCAAGUUGGAGCUACAACAACAGUCAUUGUACAGGAAUAUCUGGGAGUGUAAGCAAGCCCUCGACAAGAUCCGAGGAAGCGGCUCGUCGGCGGAUGCCAUGCAAGUGUUUUCGAGGGUUGGACAUGUUGAAUUGUCCUCGAGAGAGUCGGCCCAUGUUUCGUUCGAAUCCGAUGCAAUCGGAUUACGCUCGAAACUUUUAUCGUUUGGUACGAUUCGAACGUCUUCAAGACAUGAUCAGGGCAAUUACACUACACCUGGCGAAAGCCUUCCCAUGGAUUUUGAGGAGUAUGAUGAUGCGUUGAUGGCGCAUAAGUCUGUUUUGCGAAUGAGAUCCAACCCCACGAGUUCGAGUAUGAGCAGGCAGCAAGUGGAAUCAGUAACAAAAUGGCUAAAGAAGAUUCCAUCUGGUCCUGGAGCUCUUGACGCUGAUGUAUCAACUCUUAUGGCAGAAUUCGACGUCAUCAAGAACUCGUCUACACCAGAAGCUGAAGUAGAAAGCACAGACUCCGCAUCCUCAUUUGACAUCAUUGCUCCUAAAGAUGGUAACGUUCCGGAAACUCCUGUCGAAAAAGUGUUGAGUGCUGAAUUCCUGAAUACGCUUCAACAGCCGUUAUCAUCGUGGCUUAUGCGUAUCAUGCCCAGUGAACACAAGGCUGCUACGGAAACGGCAGUCACCACUCCUGUGGAGGAAUCGCCACGCUCGAUGAAACGUCCACAUAGUUGUGGAGAAAUCCGAAGAUAUGGGUUCCAAAACGUCAUAAGCAGUGUCAACGCAUCUAGCAACGACUCUUGGAUUCUCGAGUCGGAACCAAGCAAGAAAACGCGUACUGAAGAAAAGGCGGAAAGUAGCAGUACGGGAAGUGUUAAGACAAGCAGGCCUGAGGACGCAUCAGUGAGUGAACAAGAGGAAACUCAGAAUGACCCACCAUUCAACGAGUCCGAGUUUAUUUCGCACUUAUCGAGACUGUUUCUUUGCAACUCGACAUCAGCUCCACAUGGAACUGCAGAUAAGCCGAGCACUCAGGGGAUUGAUUUGAGCACUGUUCUGGGCUGGAAACAAGUUUUGGAUAGAAUUGAGCAAUCUGCGCCCUACUGGCUUCAGGACAAGAAGCAAUGAUUUUUUUUCAGUUUUCUCCAGUUCUGGUCUCAUCCCUACUAAUCAAUAAUCUUUGUGCAUUCUAGGUUUGUCUAUCUAAAGUGAAUCUAAGUAGCUGAAACAUCUUGAUCGUUCUGCUUAGAAUUAGCUCUGUGGUUUUAUAGUCAUUAUGACAAAGCAAUCGACUCCUUAGGAAAUCAGAUCUGUGCUAGUUGCCCUUCUAACA